AUGUUCAACCAAAUCGACAUAUAUUUCAAUCAAAAACUUGUGUCACCCCCAAACAACGCUUACGCGUAUCGUGCUUACAUCGUGGCGUUAUUUUAUUAUUUUUCACCCGCAAAAAACUCCCAUUUGACCUCCUGCCUGUGGGACGCGGAUACCCCGGGUUUAAUGGACGCGCUCCUAGAGUCGCAAGCCACGAAUCAAGCUCUCGUGAGACGCUCGCGUUACAUUCGAGACGGACAGACGCUAGAUCUCAUAGGUCAUCUUCACUGCAACGUUUUCAAUCAGGAUAAAUUUUUAAUCAACGGGGUGGAAGUUAGAAUGAGGCUCGUUCGCUCGAAAGAUUCGUUUUGCCUUAUGGAAUCUAAUUCGGUGUCAAAAAUACGCCUUCUAGACGCUAGUCUGCUCGUUAGAAGAGCAAAGAUAAGCUCUGGUGUGUUACUCUCGCAUGCGAGAAUGUUGAGUAAAACCACCGCCAAAUAUCCUCUCACAAAAGUCGAGGUUAAAACAUUUACGAUUCACGCCGGAUUCGUAGGAGAAUCGAUAGAUAAUGUAAUACUCGGACAACUGCCGAAACGUGUAAUAGUCGGUUUUGUCGAUAACAGAGCGUUUAAUGAUGAUAGAAAAUUGAAUCCGUUUAAUUUCAAAAACUACGGUAUAAAUUUCUUUUCUCUGUAUGCCGAUGGUAUGCAAUUUUCUAGUAGACCGUUACAACCGAACUUCUCGAAAGACGAAAAGCUUUACGUCGAAGCCUACCACACGCUCUUCUCGGGAACCGGCAUUCACUUCUUGAACGAGGGAAAUUCUAUAAGUAGAGAGGAUUAUGCCCAGGGUUACACUCUUUUCGCUUUUGAUCUUACCCCCGACUUGUCCGCUCAUUGCGCCGGACAUUGGAAUCUCGCGAAACAUGGUAGUUUGCGAUUAGAAGUGAGAUUUGAUAAGGCGCUUACCUCGACCGUUAAUUGUAUCGUUUAUGCAGAGUUCGAUAAUAUUCUAGAAAUAGACUCCUCUCGACAAGUUAUCGUCGAUUUUGGCGGUUAG